UUCCUUUUGAGAUUGGGAAUCUAAUUGAAGUUACUAAUCUAUCACUCUCAAAAAAUAUUUUGACUGGUCUCGUUCCUUCCUCUACAGGAAAUAUGACCAAAUUAAAGAUCCUUUACCUUUGGGAUAAUCAAUUAUCUAAUUUUAUUCCUCUUGAGAUUGGAAAUCUAAUUGAAGUUACUGAUCUCAUACUCUCAACGAAUCUUUUGACGGGUCCCAUCCCUUCCUCUAUAGGAAAUAUGACUAAAUUAAAUAUUCUUUAUCUUUUGGAUAAUCAAUUAUCCGGUUUUAUUCCUUUUGAGAUUGGGAAUCUAAUUGAAGUUACUGAUCUGGCACUCUUCAAAAAUCUACUAAGUCCCGUCCCUUCCUCUAUAGUAAAUAUGACUAAACUCAUAAAACGGAGAUCAAGAACAUUCGUGGACUGAUAUACCUAGUGUUGUCAAAUAAUAGCUUCUCUGGCUAUUUACCCCAAGAUAUAUGUAAAGGUGGAGCCCUACAAUUCCUCAUUCUUCAAAUGAACAAUUUCGAAGGUCCCAUUCCCACGACCUUGAAAAAUUGUACGACACUAGAAAGGGUCCGUCUUGAACACAACCAACUCACCGGAGAUGUAUCUCAAUGUCUUGGAGUAUAUCCCUAUCUUUCUUAUAUCGAUUUGAGCUUCAAUCAACUCUCCGGUACACUCUCACCAGACUGGGCAAGAUGGCACAAUCUGACGCUCUUCAGAAUCUCAAAUAACAACAUCACCGGAGUCAUACCCACCGAGUUUGGGCAGUUGACGAAACUGCAAGGGCUGGACCUCUCGGGCAACUACCUACAAGGAGAGAUCCCAAAGAGCUUCGGCAGCUUAACCCUUCUAUACAAUCUGAGCUUGGGCAACAACCAACUCGUCGGCCAGGUGCCUUCGGAGUUUGGAAUGCUGUCCAAUCUCGAACUGCUUGAUCUCUCAUCCAACAACUUGGCAGGAAGAAUCCCAGAUCAAUUAGGCAACUGCAUGAAACUCCGAUCGUUGAAGCUUAACAACAACAACUUCAAUGGAACCAUUCCUUUGGCCAUUGGUAAUCUGGUGGUCCUUCAAGACACGUUUGACGUCAGCCACAACUCACUAACAGGGGAGAUUCCAUCCCAACUCAGCAAAUUGGUGAUGCUGCAAAUCCUGAAUCUAUCGCAUAAUUCCUUGUCGGGUCAUCUUCCAUCUUCGCUAACGUAUAUGACGAGCUUGUCUACCGUAGAUGUAUCCUACAAUGAACUGGACAGCCCUGUUCCGGAUAGCCCAGCUUUCCGAAGAGCCCCGGCGGAGUGGUUUGCCCAUAACAAUUAUCUGUGUGGAGUUGUUCGAGGAUUGCCUCCGUGUGUUACACUCGGUACUCCAACAAAAGAUGACCGACGCAAGCGCCACAAAGUGGUUGUAAUAGCCAUCAUUCCUUCCGUCGUCGUCUUCCUUCUCUUGUUUGUAUUCACUGCAGCUGCUUUUCAAUUGCACAAGAGAAAGAAGCCGGCAGUACCGGUCGAUGAUAAUCACAUCAAAGAAGGUGCAUUCUCUAUAUUGAAUUUUGAUGGAAGAGACGUAUACAAGGACAUCAUCGAAGCCACCGAAGAUUUCGAUGCCAAGUACUGUAUCGGAAGCGGUGCAUACGGCAGUGUCUACAGAGCAGAGUUAGCAAGUGGGGAACUGCUAGCGGUGAAGAAGAUUCAUCUACCAGACACUGAAGGUACAUGCGACGAGCAACCCUUUCAAACUGAGAUACAAACUCUGACUCAAAUUCGACAUCGCAAUAUCGUCAAGCUUUACGGGUUCUGCUCCUCUCCCCGACGCAAAUUUCUGGUGUACGAGUACAUGGAGAGAGGAAGUCUGGGAUCUGUCCUCCGAAGCGAGACUGCAGCUGAAUUGGACUGGGUGAAGAGGGUGACCAUCGUGAAGGAUGUCGCCUGUGCUUUAUCCUACAUGCAUCAUGACUGCACACCACCCAUCGUUCAUCGAGAUAUUACCAGCAACAACAUCCUACUUGAUUCCGAAUUCAAGGCUUGUGUUUCCGACUUUGGAAUUGCUCGACUACUGAAGCCGGAUUCAUCAAAUUGGACCAUGCUUGCAGGCACACGGGGUUACUUAGCACCAGGUGAUUUCGCAGUGGUGACACUGGAGUUACUGAUGGGAGAGUAUGGAGAAGUGCUCAUUUCCAUUCUGUUGUCUUCACCGAUCAACGAUAGCUUUGUGAAAGAUGUAUUAGACCGACGUCUAACCGUUCCGGAUGGUCAAGUUGCGGAUGAAGUAGUUGCAAUUUUGAGCUUGGCUCUUCGCAGCGUGGACAACCACCCUGAAUCACGCCCGACAAUGAAACAGGUCUCCGACAAGUUAUGCGUGGUCAGAACACCCCCACCAAGCCUCCGAUCUAUUGAUGCAUUGAAGUUUUCUGACUUGAUGAGCGUGGAGAUAUGA